AUCGGCUCAACUCUACCACUUCACAACACCUCAACUCUAAUACCUAAUUCACCUGUUUGCCUCGAGACUUUCAAACACCAAUACCAUCAAGAUGAAGUACACCACUGCUCUCGCCUCUCUCUUCGCUGCCGCCAUGGCAGCCCCUACCGCUGUUCAGCCUGUUGCCAGGCAAGCAGACGCCAGCCCCUACUUCACCGUCAUCUCCUCGCGCAGCGGCUCUCCCAUCCACUUCCAGAACAUGAACGCUCGCGGCGGAUCCUUCUACCUUGGCGGAGAGGGACCUUCUUCCUACUGCCCAUCAGAGUCCAUUGGCGCUGAGAACUGCCCACCAGGCAACACCACCACAUUCGCUGGUGGCAACGACACUCUCAGCCUCGGUGUCGUUGUUCCUGGUGGCCAGCAGGUCUACGUCGGCCCUGACGGUUCCCUGAGCUACACCACCGCUCACUCUGCCUACAUCCCCCCUGGCUCCACCGUCACCGGCUUCAGCCGCACCCCAGCUCCCAACAGCGACCUGUUCGGCUACCUGAACUGGGACUGCGGCUUCCUUGCCUGCCCCGGCUCUGAGGAGGAUGGAUGGAAGGUCUACGGCAACCUCGACAACGUCACCUUCAGCGACGACUGCCUGUCAUUCAGCGCUAUUGCCUCUCCCGUCGAUGCCCCUGGUGCCUGGCAAUACUAGAUGCCCUUGUGACUCGUAUUCAAACCAAAAGUUCAUAUACAACGAGCGAGUUGUAUCAUAGAUGCAUUUACAUAAUUGGUAAUUUUACGGGGGGAUGGACAUGGCUACGGUGUAUAUAUAACGCUCCUUAAUGACUUGUACAUGGCAGUCGUAUAAUGAUAAUUAUAUUAAGAAUUGGCAAGACUUGUUCGCUUUU